AUGGAAGCAACUAAAAAUGACAAAAGACAACAAAACAAGAAAGAAUACUAAACCAAGGAAGAAAACGGCAAGACCCUUUAUCUUGACGAGCCCUCAGGUGAAUACGUAUCAAAGAAUGAAAUCAAGACCAGAGAGAAGCUUAGAGAAAAGGAGGAGAAACUAAAAGCUAAAUAAGACUAAAAGUAAAUAGAUCAACCAGCCGAUCAAAAGAAAAAGGAAGUUGAAAUGGACCCAACUCAAUACACUGAAAACAGAAAGCAAUGGAUUCAAUCAGUAAGAGAUAAGAAUGAGAACCCAUACCCUCACAAGUUCAACAGAACCCACAAGCUCGACGAGUUCCACGCUGCCUACAACUCAAAAUGUGUUGAAAACAACGUAUUCAUUGAGGAAGAGACUGUCGCUAUUACUGGCAGAGUCAUUUCAAUCAGAAAUUCUGGAGCAAAGCUUAUCUUCAUUGAUCUCUAAGGCGAUGAUAACAAGGUGCAAAUCUUUGCUAAUGCUGCCAACUACACUGGUGAGUUCGAUACUCUAUUAGCCAGAAUCAAGAGAGGAGAUAUUAUUGGAGUUGAGGGUCAGCCAGGAAGAACCAAGACUGGAGAACUAUCCGUCAGACCAACUUUAAUUACCAGUUUGUCUUACUGUCUCCACUAACUCCCAUCUCAACAUACUAUUGACACCAAGGGACUUACCAAGGACACCAGGUUCAGACAAAGAUAUCUCGAUCUACUCACAAACCCAAGAACAAAGAAAACAUUCAGAGUUAGAAAUGAAGUCAUCAACUUCAUUAGAAACUUCCUACUCGAAUUGGACUUUCUAGAGGUUGAAACUCCAAUGAUGAAUAUGAUCCCAGGUGGUGCCACUGCUAGGCCUUUCGAGACCUUCCACAAUGACUUGAACAUGAAAUUAUUCAUGAGAAUCGCCCCUGAACUUUACCUUAAAAUGCUCAUUGUCGGAGGUAUUGACAGAGUAUUCGAAAUUGGAAAGCAAUUCAGAAACGAGGGUAUUGAUCUUACUCACAACCCUGAGUUCACCACUUGCGAAUUCUAUUGGGCUUACGCUGACUAUCACGAUCUCAUGGAUUUAACUGAAAAGAUGCUCUCACAAAUGGCUCUUAAGAUUCACGGCUCUUACAAAUUCUAAUAUCACCCCAAAGGAAUCGAAGAAAAAGAUAACGUCAUCGAACUUGAUUUCACCCCACCUUUCAGAAGAAUCCCAAUGAUGAAGGGUCUUGAGGAAGCUGUUGGAGUUAAGCUUCCAGCUGCUGAUACUCUUCACACUGACGAGGCAAGAGAAUUCUUCGACAAGCUCGCAGCUGAACACAAAGUUAAGUGCGGAGAGCCCAGAACUGUCGCCAGACUUAUCGAUAAACUUGUUGGUCAUUUCCUUGAGGUCAACUGCAAGAACCCAACCUUCAUUACUGACACUCCAUAAAUUAUGUCCCCACUUGCUAAAUGGCACAGAUCAGAGGCCGGUCUCUCAGAGAGAUUCGAACUCUUCAUCAACUAUCACGAAAUCGUCAACGCUUACACCGAGCUUAACGACCCUAAGGUACAACUUGACUUUUUCUCAGAACAAGCAAAGGCAAAGGAACUUGGUGAUGACGAGGCUCAAGCAAUCGAUGCUAACUUUGUUACCGCCCUUGAAUUCGGUCUACCACCAACUGGAGGUUGGGGUAUCGGUAUUGAUAGACUCACCAUGCUUAUGAGUGACACCAACAGCAUCAAGGAAGUACUCCUCUUCCCAGCCAUGAAGCCAGAUGAGCAACUAGAAGAAUGA